UGAGGACCAAGUAGCCCUUUGCUCAGCCCCUUCGUUCCCAGGCUUGGAGAAAUGGGUGAUGGGCGAAGGGGUUGGACAGAUGGGCUCCGUUCUGCCUCUACCUUCCCUCUCCCCACUCCUCAGAUGCCUGCUGCCCGCCGCUGCCUCUCCCUGCUGCUCCUGUCUGCCUGUGCGGCUCUGUUGCUGCGGCCGCGGCUUGGAGCCCGGGCAGCCCCGCUGGAGCCAGUGUACCCCGGGGACAAUGCCACACCAGAGCAGAUGGCCCAGUACGCAGCUGAGCUCCGCAGAUACAUCAACAUGCUGACCAGGCCCAGGUAUGGGAAAAGAGACAGAGAAGAAACCCUGGACAUCCUGGAGUGGGGCCCCCCCCAUGCUGCUGGCCCCAGGGACCUCAGCCCGAUGGACUUGUGAUGCCACCUCCUGCUUUCUUUGACUCCAAGAGCAAUGCUGGCCCCUCUCCCCUCUUGGCAACCUUGGCAAUGGCCAAAGCUUGCUCCCUGCCCCCACACAGACUAAAUAAAGCAAAUCAAA